AUGAAAUCAGUUCUAUCGUUUGAGCUUGGACUCUUACUGCUGAUAUUGGCAUGUUUGAUGAACUCUCAGUUUGUCAACACUCAAGCUAUCAAAUCUCGCAUUGUUUCAACAUUGAUGAAUAAGAAGGAUGUGAAUCGUCCACAAGAUUUAAUUGAAAUGGGGCAAGUGUAUGCAACUACAUUUCGUAAAGGAAGUAAUGGAGAAGAAGAUUCUUUGUUGUUUAUUGAUUCAGGAAAUUUGAAAAUGUAUGGAUUGGUCAGCAAGAAUUUCACAACUCUCUAUUCAUCUAUUUAUUACGUAUCUUUUCAAAUGCCUUUGAAUCCAUUGAACAACGACGAAUUGGUAUUCCAUCAUAACGCUCAAUUGUUAAAGUUGAAUAUCAAAACUUUGACAACUGAAAGAUUGGCAGGUACAGGUGUAUUUGGUUACAAUGGAGACAAUAUCAACGCUACAUCCGCCCUCAUUCAACCAGUUCAAGCCAUUAAUUACAAUUCAAAUAAUGAGUUGGUCUUUGCAGACAGUUAUAGAAUCAGAAAAAUUCUAUUGAAUGGUACCAUUGUAACCAUUGCUGGUCUUUCAACAGCAUGUGAUGGAGUGACUAGUGUUUUAAGCAAUAUUCCAGCAACAUCAGCUUCUAUUUGUUCUGUAACAUCAAUCCUUUUUGUGAAAUUUGCAGGUUAUCCAGAAGAGUGGCUCUAUUUCAGAGAUCAAGUUGGUGUGAAACGUAUUGAUCCAACCACUGGAGUAUUAUCCAUUGUUUUUGUGUACUCUUCCUACUAUGCCUUUUAUUUGAAUCCUGUUCAAUCUGACAGAUCUAGGUUGAUUCCAGAUGAUUUAUGGCUUGGAUAUGGCUCGUAUGCUGUUGAAAUAUUGAAAAAUAAUGGCCUUGGUCAGGUUAUUAUUGGUGGGGGUCAAAAUCAGACCUUUUUAGUGGCAGACGCAAAGUCUGUUUCCUUGUCCACAAUAACAAGUUUUGCCUACGAUCAAGAAAAGAACGAAUUGUACAUUGGUACUUAUGGAUCGGUUGUUAAAUAUGUUAGAUCAGAUAGAACUAUUAGACAUAUUGUUGGUUGUGCAUCAAGUAAUUGCUUGUUGAGAGGAGUCAAUAUUGAUGCUCAAUAUGCUAGUAUGUCUUCCGCUAAACCAAGUGUAUUUUUUGAUAAUGGUCAAUUGUACUUAGCAGAUAGCAUAAUCAUUAAGGGUAUUGAUUUGAAGAAUGAGAAAUCUUCAUGUUCUAACAAUAUUAUUUCAGCUAUGGAUUCUAUCAAUUACAUGACCUACAAGAAUGGUUUAAUCUAUUUACAUGAGGGUUCUUACUCAUCCACCUUGUUGAAAUUUAAUCAAACUUCUUCAGUUGUGGCUAAAAUUGCUGGAUAUUAUUAUUACUCAGAAGGUGGUUUAGCAAUGAGUAAUUCUGUCGAUUCACUUUCCUCCUUUUCCUUCAACUCAAAGAAUGAGAUUAUCAUGUCAAUUGGCGAUCAAAUUAAGACUAUCAGAAAUGAUAGAAUAUACACAAUUGUACCAAGCUCUUCAUAUUAUGCAUCUGCAGACAAUGCAUCAUUCGCAGAGGCAAGACUUUAUGGACCUUCUCAAUUAAUUUCUCAUCCAACAAGGGAUAAUGAAAUGUAUUUCAUGGAAACAAGCAGAAAUAUCAUUAGAAAGAUGGAUUUUACAACUAGUAGAGUAUUGACUGUUGCUGGUAAAAGUAAUGGAUUUGCAGGAGAUGGAUAUUUGGCCACCGAGAGUGCCAUUAAAGUUAACUGUUUUACUAUGGAUGAAUACGGAAAUAUUUACUUUACUGAUGGUGCCAAAUUGAGAAAGAUUGACCAAUCAGAUUCUAGAAUUUCCACAUUAACUUCGUCUACUUCGGGCUACAGUUCAGAUGGUACUGAUCUAUCGUCUCUUUCGCUCUCAGCAUCUAGCUGUGUCCUCUCUGUCAAGAAUAAUGUCAUUUAUUUUGUUGAGGAUAAAUCUGUUAGAAAGAUUCAUCCAACAUGUGAAAGUGGUUACAUUCUUAAUACCAACAGCAAUGGAUGUGUUGCUUGUCCUUCAGGAUUGACCAACGAUGAAUAUUUUUAUGAAUGUGUUCCUCAAUGCUUUGGAAAGAUCAAUCCAAAUGCUUGCUCCAAGAACGGUAAAUGUACAUCUAACAAUGUCUGUACAUGUAAUCUAGGAUGGACAGGAGCUGAAUGUUCUCAGACUACCUGCUUUGGAAUUACCAACUCUGAUUCUAAUGUUUGCUCAGGAAGAGGUUCAUGUCAAGGAUUAGACACAUGUAAAUGUUUGGAUGGUUUCAGAGGAAGAAAUUGUGAAUUUACAGCUUGGAAAGAUGGUGAUGUGACUGUUCAAACAGAUCAGGAUGAAUAUGUGUAUCGUAGUACAGAGCCAAUGGUCUAUGUCAAAUUCAAUACUACUUAUUCGAGAUCAGUUACAUUGAAAAUGGAACAGAGAUCAUCUUAUUAUAACAUAAUUAGAAGUACGAUUUAUAAGAAUUUGACAGCUGCCGAGUUGACCACUGUUUAUUCUCAAAAAUUCAUUAAUUUCAACCUCCAAUAUGGUCACAUAUUUGACGUUACAGUAUUUGACGCUGAGACUGGUGUGCAAUUAUCAAACCCAGCUUCCAAAGAUGUCAGUGUUAUUACUUGUGCCACUUGUCAAGUUGCCAAUCUAAUUCCUCAAUAUUUACAAAUGGCCUACAACAAUACUAGACCAAAUCCUGGAGAUACAGUCAGUGUUAAGAUUAGCAUGUUGCAAUAUUUCUAUUAUGUGUAUACAUUUGAUAUCACCGUUACGUUUAACAAUGUCACCUAUUACAAGCAAGCUAUUUCAACAGUGGGUCAAGAAGUUACAAUUUAUAUCCCUCCAGUUUUCGAAAAUGGUACCUUUAGAACCUAUGUUUCAGUAUAUGGCCAACCAUAUUACAAAAAUUCAACCUAUUUGAUGCUUAGUGCUUCUACUAGUGAACUGGCAGUUUACAAUCAAACUCUAUUUGUUGAGGACAGUUGGAUUAGUUCUAGUUUCAGUGUUGAUAAGAUCCCUUACAAGAGUACCUACACUACUAGUACAUUGGAUAUGAAAAUUGCUCAUAUUGACUUCACAUCUCUAUUUAAAUACAAGCAAUUGACUGCCAAUGUGAGCAUAUUCUUGAUUGAUGAAUUUGGAAAUAGAAAAAAUCAAAUCUAUGCUAAUUCUCUUCAAUUCUUGGGCAGUAAUCCAGUUCUGUCAAUUCAAGUUCCAAAAACCGCUUUCAGCAUUCGUUCUGAUUGGACUUUGGAUGGAUUUAUUACCAUUCUCAAUAAUGGAACAAUAGUUUCGAAUGUGAAAAAGACAAUCAAACCAAUUACUUUUUAUUGUCCGUCCUCUUACUUUGGACCUCAAUGUGAUUUGACAAUUUGCAACGGAGUUUAUUCCAAUUCUACAAAUGUUUGCUCUGGAAAUGGUAUUUGUUCUUAUUCCUAUUGUUAUUGUAAUCAAAAUUACAAGGGAUCAAAUUGUGAAAUGCCAGCAUUGAAAUCCUCUUCUGUCAUUACAAAACUCGAUGCACCUUACAAAGUCAAAGGUUCACUUACAUUAUCCAACUUGACAAUUGCUAUUAAUGCAAGUGAUUCUGAAUUCUUCUCCUAUUAUAGAAACAAAUCGUUGAUUUGCUAUGUCUAUGCUCAAUCAACAACCUCAAAUUAUAUUGGAUAUAUUACAUUGGACAAAACUAAUGAUUUUACUGUUUCCGUUAAACUUCCAGAUACAUUACUCCUUGGAACCUAUACAUUCAGACUCAACAUUCAAUCAAGUAGUGUAAUAAUCUUGGACACUGGCUCUUUUUAUUAUUCAACCAUUUCGUAUACAGUUGGUUCUCAACCGUUACCUCCUGCAGUGGUGAGCAACAAUAACCAACCAAGCAAACCAAAAGUUUCGACUAAUGGACCUAACAGAGAAACUACAUUGAGUGAGGGUACACCUAACUCAGUAAUGAUUGGAAUUAACUUGUGGAUUUUACUCGUAUUGACAUUCUUAAUAAAUUAUUAACUGUAAUGUUUUCUUUAUUU